AUGGUCGUCCGACCAAUUUACCCUACUUCCGUCUGCGAAGGUGAUAUGGCGCUGAAACUUUUUGAUGGGCAUUUUGCAACAGAAUUCAGAGAAAAGGAUGAAAUGAGCCCACGGGGUUCGGAUAUAGAACAUGAUUAUCACCAGUUCAUUCUCAAUGGUGACGCCGCAAAGCUUGUUGCCGAGCUCAGCGCUGACAGAGAUUUGCCAGAUCGGGACUUUGAUACAUGGAAUUCUUCUCAGAAAGAAACUUAUUUGCAUAGCUAUAUGCAUGGUCUUUACGAGAGAGAAACCCAAGCAUACAAUACCCUGGCCGAUCUGCAAGGGAACUACAUACCCCGACUGUUUUCGUGUGUGACCAUGUCUAGUUUUUCACCGACGCAGAAUAGUGUGUUCAGCGAAGACAUCAACAUCCCUGGAAUGGCUUUGCGGUAUGUCGAAGGGUUUCCCUUGACCGAUAUCGCUUCGUGCGUGUCAAAAGAUAGCUGGCAAAGGAUUUAUGACAAUACCAUUCGAGUUGUCAACCUUGUCAGUAAUAGGGGAAUCCCAAACGAGAAUGUUAAAGCGAGUAAUUUCAUUGUGGAAACUUGCCCGGGAAAUCAAUUCCACGUCUUCAAGAUCGACUUUGCGUUAUGCAAGUGCCGUGAGGAAUACAGAGAUGAAACCGAAUGGGAGGCGUGUAAGGCAACACAAGAUGAAGAAGGGGCGGUUGGAUAUGUUAUGCAAAGAAGACUACAAGGUGGAUUUGUGUACCGUCGAUCCGCUCGAUACAACAAUCUGGAUGAGAAAUAUAAAAUGGAGGGCUGA